CACUCCCCGCCCUCCCUCCUCCCUCCCAGCUCGGCUGUACCUCUCCCCUCCUCACCAUAGCUGGGUACAGGGAGGGCUUCCUGUCUGCACCGCACAGAGGGUCUCUGUCUGUCCGAGCAGGGCACCGGUUGGAGGACCGCCGCAAGAGACUGUAGAAAGGCAGAGCCUCUAAGAAAAUGGAUUUCACACUGAAAAGGUUGUGACCAGUGGACGGUUGGAUAUUAGUCACAUAGAGAACAAGAAUAAGGAUAAGCUAUGUUUCAUUCCUGAGAAAAGACCCUUAAAAAGGGUUGGUGUUGAAGAUGCGACCAUGGACUGGUUCCUGGCGUUGGAUUAUGCUCAUCCUUUUUGCUUGGGGGUCAUUACUGUUCUAUAUCGGUGGACAUUUGGUAAGAGAUAAUGACAACCCAGACCACUCCAGUAGAGAAUUAUCGAAGAUACUGGCAAAACUUGAACGAUUGAAACAGCAAAAUGAAGACUUGAGACGAAUGGCAGAAUCCCUCAGGAUACCAGAGGGCCCAGCCGAACCAGGUGCCGCAGCAGGGAGAAUACGAGCAUUAGAGGAACAACUUUUAAAGGCCAAAGAGCAGAUAGAGAUGUAUAAACAACAAUCUAGCAGUGCUGUGACUGGUAUGGGAAAAGACCAUGAAAUCUUAAGAAGAGCAAUUGAAAAUGGAGCCCAGGAAUUCUGGUAUUUUGUCCAGAAUGAAGUAAAGAAGUUAAAAAAUUUGGACAGAAACGAACUCCAAAGACAUGUGGAUGAAAUAUUGGUUGACAUGGGUCAUCAACAAAGAUCAGUGAUGACAGAUUUAUACUACCUCAGUCAAGCAGAUGGUGCAGGUGAUUGGCGAGAGAAAGAGGCCAAAGAUUUGACAAAUCUGGUGCAAAGAAGAAUUACCUAUCUACAGAACCCGAAGGAUUGCAGCAAAGCCAAGAAGCUUGUAUGUAACAUCAACAAAGGCUGUGGCUAUGGCUGCCAGCUGCACCAUGUUGUCUAUUGUUUCAUGAUUGCAUUUGGAACACAACGAACACUGAUCCUGGAAUCCCAGAGCUGGAGAUAUGCCACUGGUGGAUGGGAAACUGUAUUUAAGCCCGUCAGUGAGACUUGUACCGACAGAUCUGGUUCCUCCACAGGGCACUGGUCAGGUGAAGCACAUGAUAAAGAUGUUCAAGUUGUAGAAUUGCCUAUUGUUGACAGCCUCCAUCCAAGGCCACCAUACCUUCCACUCGGAGUUCCAGAAGACCUUGCAGAUCGUUUAAUUGGUUUACAUGGUGAUCCUGCUGUUUGGUGGGUUUCACAGUUUGUCAAAUAUUUGAUCAGGCCUCAACCAUGGUUGGAGAAGGAGAUUGAGGAAGCUACAAAAAAACUGGGGUUCAAACAUCCAGUGAUUGGGGUUCAUGUCAGAAGAACAGAUAAAGUUGGCACUGAAGCAGCUUUCCACCCAAUUGAAGAAUACAUGGUCCAUGUAGAAGAACAUUUCCAGCUUCUUGCAAGACGAAUGCGGGUAGACAAAAAGCGUGUUUACUUGGCAACAGAUGACCCAGCUUUAUUGCAAGAAGCAAAAUCAAAGUAUCCGCAAUAUGAAUUUAUUAGUGAUAAUUCAAUAUCCUGGUCGGCUGGUUUGCAUAACAGAUACACUGAAAAUUCCCUCAGAGGAGUUAUUCUUGACAUCCACUUCUUGUCUCAAGCGGACUUCCUCGUGUGCACUUUUUCCUCACAGGUCUGUCGAGUUGCCUAUGAAAUCAUGCAGACACACCAUCCCGAUGCUUCAACCUACUUCCAUUCCCUGGAUGAUAUUUAUUACUUUGGUGGACAAAAUGCUCACAAUCAGGUUGCAGUGUAUCCCCAUCACCCGCGAAAUGCAGAGGAUAUACCCAUGGAACCUGGGGACAUCAUUGGUGUGGCUGGAAACCACUGGGAUGGCUUCUCUAAGGGCAUAAACCGCAAACUAGGCAGGACUGGUCUAUACCCCUCCUACAAAGUAAAAGAAAAAAUCGAGCUCGUUAAAUACCCAACAUACCCAGAAGCGGAAAAAUAAAACUGAAAACAACUUUUUUUUUUUCCACAAACCUAAACGUGCCAACUGCAAAACGAUGCAUCAGCUGAGAAGAGGGACUGGUUUGCCAUUUUUAUUUAUGUUUAAAAAAAAAAAAAAAAAAGAAUUUAACAUUAGCUCAAACAAAAGGAAAUUUAAACCAAUGAAAAUCUUCCUUAAACAUCUCUGGAGAGCUGGUAUUUUACAGUACAAAUACUGUUUCAUAUGUGGUUGAAGGGAGGACUUCUCCGAAUCAUGCUCUUACUGAUUAAAUGAGCAUCAGUGCUCUCUUCUUUGCCAUAUACUGACAAUACUCCUCAGACUAUUAACACUGCCAUGUUGUGCAAUUAGAGUGACAUGAUGUUUUAUACAUGCAAGUUUUUGACUGGUGCCUGUAACCAACUGGUUUACCUGUACAGGUGCAGCUUAAAUUACUGAGCAGUUUAUCCUUAACUAGCAUUCAGACUGCCAGAAACACUCCAUAUUGGAAAUGGUUAGAUUAUUUUAAUUAUGCUUCAGGUAAGUCCCUUAAUUAGUGUCACAUUGUUAGCAGUGAACACCUUAUCAGAAGAAAGAAACCAUUUACUGUUGUCGUAGGAAGGAUUUCAUUUUCUCUUUUUUUUUUUUAUGUUUUGUUUGUUUUUGUACAAUACAUCAUGAGCGGGUUAUUAUUUCAUUGUUUCUUGGCAUUGUCUUUGAUAACAAACAAAUAAAAUAUUACAAAAAACUA